CAACAACAGUUCUUUGAUUAAUGAUUCGAUUCUUCGUCAAAUGGACGGAUUGCUCUGACAGUUCGUAAGACAUGUAUAACCAAAAGCUGCCAUGUGUGUUGUGAAUUAUAUCAAGGUUAUGAUUCGUUAUCAUGGUAUUGUUCUAUAAUCAAAGGAGUGACUAGACUUAAAAAAAAGGAAAGAGAAGCAAAUAUCCAUGAUGAACACAUUAUGUAGUACUAUCACGAAGAUUAAAUACGGAGACACCAUAGAAGACGAGGAUUUUCAUCAAUGAAGUGAAAAAAGUGAUUCACAAACCAAAAUUUAAAAAAAAUCGAAGCGGUUAGUUUCAGUGUGUGAAAGAAAGAAAAAAAUAUAUAUCACAUUCAGUAAUAGUUCAUUCUAAACAUUUAAAUCACGUGUCACGUUCUCUACUGACGUCGUGCUUUUAUAUGAACAGGAAAUAAAGCAAAACUAAAACACGAUACUGGAACAGAUGACAUUGCUGUGAUCAAAAGCGUUUCGUAGGCUCAGAAGAUGAAACAGGAAGAAACGUUAAUCAAAGAAGCUGCAUCUACGCCAGCCAGCCAAGAGGAAGGGAAGGAGGAAGAUUUGAUAAAGAAGGAAGAGGAAGAGAAGGAAGUAAACGAGAUAAAGAAAGAAGAAGAGAACAAGCAAGAGGCAAGCUCUCGGUCUCUGAGUGACGACGAAACUUCGGAUGGGCGGAGUCUGUACCGAGGGGGCGUGAGCCGGCGUGGCCUUCUGCACCGUGAUGACCUCCCGCCUAAGGUCAUAGUCACCUCCAGCGUCAAUCGAGGUCAACUUUUGGACGAUACUUAUGCCCAAGAUCGCACACCAACCAGGAGAGAACCAGGAGCCAACCAGGAGGCGAACCCGAGCCCCCAGACGCAGAACCAGACGGCGCCCAUCCAAAGUCGUGGUGAUCUAAAGUACGGCUGGAUUAUGGGAAUAUCGACCAUAUGGACGUCGGUGUUUUAG